CUUGCUAGCCUCAUCCUCCCUCGGUGUCUCUCAGAUGGCGGGGCUAACCAAGAAUCGUAGCACCUCUGCUUGCCGCCUCUGCUUCAUCCUCCUCCUCGUCCUAUCCGCCACCACCACCACCCUCUCCACCGCGCUGUCCGGACCCUACUCCUCCCGGUGCGCGUCCCCGUCACCAGCUGCCGACCAACACACCGGCGUGGACGACGCCUCUGCGCUCCUCCGAUCGUUCCGGAUUACCUCUGGCAUCUUCUCCGGCGAAGGGGCGGAGACCCUGUUCUCCCCUCGUUCCUACUACUCAAUCGUGGGUCAGCACUCGUUCACCGACAGCUUCGCCAGGCGCUCCUUCUCCCUUCUCCCCCACGCCGUGUCCCGCACCACCGAACCCAGCGUCAUCCACCUCACAGCCACCCUCACCCUGUUCGGCAGCCGCGUGCAGUUAUUCGAGAGCGACCUCACACGUGAAUCCGCGAAGGAAGGACAUUCCAUCUCCUUCUACCUCGACGGAUACUACUCGUCCGCAACCACGCAACUCUGUAUGGUCGGCAAGGGGAGUGACCUUUCCAUUGAUGGUUCAGUGAAACAUUACAUGGACGUCGCUCUCCGCCUCCGGAUCCCCAGCAUUUCCAGCCUCACCGACCCCUUCGUCACCGGCAUCCUCGAGGGCGCCGACUUCGAGCCCUUCUCCCUCCUCACGUACGCCGAGGGGAGCAGCUACAGGUACAGCGAGAACACAUCCUGCCUGCCGCUCCCGGUGCCGGAGGCCGCUGCUGCCGCGCGGCGGGCCAUCCAGACGACGCCGGACGGCAACUUCUCGUGCGACACUCUCAAGGCGCGGCUCGCCGCGUCGUACCGGCUGGAGUACGGGCGCGCGCACGCGGUGAGCUUCCCCUCGCUGCACGAGCCACGCCUGCACGUCAACCAGCUGCACUGCACCGCGGGCGGCGCGGUGCGAGCGUACGCGGUGUUCUCCAACGACACGGCCAACAUGUGGGGAUUCAGGGACUUCUUCUCGUCCCAGGAGGCGGCGGUCGUCGCGGACGGGCACUGGGACAGUGACACCAACCGUCUCUGCCUCCGCGCGUGCCUGGUGGCGCGCUCCUCGCCGGCGACGCCGUCAGCCAGCACUGAGCUUGAGGUGCGCGAGUGCGGGAUCGGGAUGAGCUUCUGGUUCCCGGCCGUGUGGACGGUACGGGACCGGAGUGUCACCGCCGGCGUGCUCUGGAACGCGACCCAGCUGAACAGCAGCGACAACCACGCAAGUGUAGGCUCCGACGUCGCUCUGAUAACCGCGUCGAGCUUCGAGGAGUGGAAGGGUAACCUCUCCGACGUGAACUACAACUACAGCUUCACCAUGCUUGAGGAGGCCAAGAAGCAUUACCUCAAGACCGGGCCGAGCGAUAGCAAGAAGAAUAGCAAGGGUUCGUUCCCGGGGAACUACUCUCACUCAUACCGUGACUUCCGUUUCCCGUUCUUCUUGGAGGGAGAAACAGGGUCUGGAACCGCCUACCCGGUCGCGAUCGGCUCGGCGAUGGUCGACGGUGACAGGCUGGCUGCCGAACAUUCGUUCUCACGGCACGCGGCGGCGCAACUUGAGCAGGGUACACUGGUGAAUGUCAGCUAUGGUGUGACGUACUACGUUGCACCUAAGAAUUGGUCUUCCUUUGGCCAGCUCAAAGACCGGUAUAUCAGGGCAGAGGGUGUUUACGAUCCUACCACGGGCUCCCUGUGCAUGGUUGGCUGUGGAGAGCUGAACGGCUCAAUGGACUGCCAGAUAUUGAUAACCGUUCAGUUCAGUUCGUUUGGUAAUGGUACGGGAUUCAGCCAUGGCAGGGGAAGGAUCAGCAGCCUGAGGAAUAGCACCGACCGUCUCUACUUCCCAAGGAGGGAUAUUACCUUAUUUGGCAUGUACUCGCACGAGGUGUCCAAGUCAAUCUGGAGGAUGGACACGGAGACCGUCGUGGUGGUGAUCUCCACGACGUUGACCUGCGUCUUCACCGUCCUGCAGAUCCUCCACACCAAGAGGAACCCCAGUGCGGCUGCUUCCACAUCGAUCACCAUGCUCGCCGUCCAAGCCUUGGGGCUCGUCACCCCUCUCGUAGUGAAUUCCGAGCUCCUGGUCAUGAACAAGAGGAGGCAAUUGGGUGGGCUCGACGGAGACGGGUGGCUCCGGCUCAACGAGCUGAUGCUGAGGGUGCCCACGCUGAUCGCCUUCGCGCUGCAGCUGCGCCUCCUUCAGCUGGCAUGGUCCGGCCGGACAACGGCGGCAUGCAGCAGCGAAGGCGAGACCUCGCCGGCGCCGGCGCCGGCCGCCGAGAGGAAGGUGCUGCGGACGUGCCUGCCUCUGUACUUGCUCGGAGCCGCCGUCACCGCCGUCGUUCACGUGGUGAACGUCCGCGCCGCGAGGGAGGCGGGGCUGGUCGAUCGCCGUUUCGCUCCGGCAGAGGUCACCACGCUGUGGGCUGACCUGGCGUCGUACGCCGGGCUCGUGCUGGACGGGUUCCUGCUGCCCCAGGUGGUCUUCAACGCGGCGUCCGGCUCGAGGUCGAGGGUGAGGGCGAUCUCGCCGUGGUUCUACGCCGGGGGAACCGUGAUCCGCGCGGCGCCCCACGCGUACGACGCGUUCAGGGCUGUGAGCUACGCGGCGACCCACGUAUACGCGAGUUCGCGCGAUGACUUCUUCGGCGUCGCGUGGGACAUCGUUGUGCCGUUGGGAGCGGCGUUGCUGGCCUUCGUGCUGUUCUUGCAGCAGCGGCUUGGAGGUGACUUGUUGCUUCGUUCAAGGAACAGGAGGAGGCCGUGUGAUUAUCAGUUGGUUUCCACUUUCCAAAGAUAGCUCAAUCUCAGUAGAAAAUCGAGAACGCAGGCACUCAAUCGGAAUGAAGCCUGUCAGAUGUUGAGAUUAUGGGCAUAUAAUGAUUUAAUUUAUUCCAUAAAUAAAUCAUGACAUUACAGAUGAAAACUAGCAUGAACGCAUCAUUAGAUCUACACAUGUAAACUACGCAGAAUAACAU